UCUUCUUCCAGGGAAAAAUCUUUACAAAAUUGAAAUCUUGAAAAUUCAGCUUCUGAUAGAAUCCAUUCGCUUUUCCAGUUAGACUGGGCAUAAUUCUUAAUUGGUAGUACACAAUCUAAUAUGCUUACGAAGUUCCAUCCUCACAGUACCUGUUUUUUAGACUAGCGGUUGGGAAUACUAACUCCAGAAUUUCAGAUCUGGUCCAUAAUUGGGGCAGGGAGGGGCUUUGGGCGGAGCCUCCGGAUAGGGAGGAGGCAUUGUUAGAAAGCUGUGGGGCUAGUCUACUGGCUGUCACUACUCUAGUUAAGCCUUUGUAUUUGAAUGUGCGAGGAGGGUCUGCUGUGUUAGCAGCAUUUUCAGUGAGAACUAGUCUCACUUGGCAUUUGAGUGGAAUCUGCACCUACAGGCGUUUCGUCCCUCCGGACUGCUAAGAAAUGUGAGGGCUGCGGAGAUGACUGUCGCCAGCUAUAGGGAACCGGGAGGUAUAAGACUGUUCAGGGAAUGGGCUGUGCCGAGAGGCCAAAAUAGCCCCAGGGUUUUAGGGAGACGGGAAAUGUAACACAGGCAGGGACUGGCAGCAACAGGGCAUUGAAGCCGGAGAAAAAGUCGGGAGAUAGAGCCGCCAGUAAUUGCUUUCGAAGCCGCCGCCACUCGAGUGCUGACUUGUGAGUACUCUGCGUCUCCUGUCCUCAGACUGAAGUCGGGGAACUCUCUUGGAGAACUCUCCCAGUUAGGAAACGAGAUCCCUACAACUACCUUCGCCGGCUCUCCCCACCUGCCUCAAGGACGUAACAACUAUCACCCAUCUCCUGCCUACCAGACGCUGGGCAAGGGCAGGAGCUGACAGGUGCCGCCCCCUUCCGACCCAGGAGGUGGAGAUUUCACCCCCCUCUCCACCGUCCCGUCCAGCCAAAUUCAACACCUAUUUUCUCCUCCCGCUGCCCCUAUAUUCCGACACCCCCUCAUCCUUCCCCUAUCCCUCCUCCCCAGAGACAGGGGAGGAGAAAAGGGGAGUCCAGGUCGUCAUGACUGAGCUGAAGGCAAAGGAUCCCCGGGCUCCCCACGUGGCGGGCAGAGCGCCCUCCCCCACCCAGCUCGGGACGCUGGGACGCCCAGACACAGGCCCCUUUCAGGCGAGCCAGACCUCGGAAGCGUCGCCCGCAGCCUCGGCCAUACCCCUCUCCCUGGACGGGCUACUCUUCCCUGGGCCCUGCCAGGGACAGGAACCAGACGGGAAGACGCAGGACCAGCAGUCGCUGUCAGACGUGGAGGGGGCGUAUCCCAGAGUUGAAGCUACAGAGGGUGCUGGAGGUGGCAGCUCUAGACCCUCGGAAAAAGACACCGGGCUGCUGGACAGUGUCUUGGACACGCUACUAGCGCCCUCAGGUCCCGGGCAGAGCCACGCCAGCCCUCCCGCCUGCGAAGCCACCAGCCCUUGGUGCUUGUUUGGCUCUGAGCUUCCCCAGGACGCUCGGGUUGCCCCUUCCACCCAGGGAGUAUUGCCCCUGCUCAUGAGCCGGCCAGAGGGCAAGGCUGGCGACAGCUCCGGGACGGCAGCCGCCCAUAAAGUGCUAUCCAGGGGUCUGGCACCGUCCCGGCAGCUGCUGCCCUCGACUGCCGGGAGCCAUCACUGGCCGGCGGCCGCAGUGAAGCCCUCUCCGCAGCCCGCCGUGGUGGAGGUGGAGGAGGAGGAUGACUCCGAGUCCGAGGGCUCCAUGGUUCCACUUCUGAAGGGUAAACCCCGGCCUGCAGGAGGCACGGCUGCCGGAACAGGAACCCCGACCGGUGCUCCUGGGACGGCCGCAGGAGGCGUCGCCCUGGUCCCCAAGGAAGAUGCCCGCUUCUCGGCGCCCAGGGGCGCCCUGGCGGAGCACGAUGCGUCAGGGGCGCCCGGGCGCUCCCCUCUGGCCACUACGGUGAUGGAUUUUAUCCACGUGCCCAUCCUGCCGCUCAACACGGCCUUUCUGGCCGCCCGCACCCGGCAACUGCUAGAGGGGGAUAACUAUGACGGCGGGGCCCCGGCUGUCAGCGCCUUUGCACCGCCGCGGGGCUCGCCCUCGGCCCCGUCCGCCUCCGUCACCGCCGGCGACUUCCCCGACUGCGCGUACUCUGCAGACGACGAGCCCAAGGACGACGCAUUCCCGCUCUAUGGCGACUUCCAGCCGCCCGCCCUGAAGAUCAAGGAAGAGGAGGAAGGCGCCGAGGCCGCCGCGCGCUCUCCGCGGUCGUACCUGGUGGCGGGUGCCAACCCUGCCGUCUUCCCGGAUUUUCCGCUGGCGCCGCCGUCGCUGCCUCCGCGAGCGUCGUCCAGACCUGGGGAAGCCUCGGCGGCGGUCGCACCCACCAGUGCCUCGGUAUCGUCGGCGUCCUCGUCGGGGUCGGCCUUGGAGUGCAUGUUGUAUAAGGCGGAGGGCGCGCCGCCCCAACAGGGCCCGUUCCCGCCUCCGCCCUGCAAGCCGCCGAGCGCCGGCGCCUGCCUGCUGCCGCGGGACAGCCUGCCGUCCACCUCGGCCUCCGCCGCCGCCGCCGCCGCCGCCGCCGCCGGGGCGGCUCCUGCGCUCUACCAGCCGCUUGGCCUUAACGGGCUCCCGCAGCUCGGCUACCAGGCCGCGGUACUCAAGGAGGGCCUGCCGCAGGUGUACCAGCCCUAUCUCAACUACCUGAGGCCGGAUUCAGAAGCCAGCCAGAGCCCACAGUACAGCUUCGAGUCAUUACCUCAGAAGAUUUGUUUAAUCUGUGGGGAUGAAGCAUCAGGCUGUCAUUAUGGUGUCCUUACCUGUGGGAGCUGUAAGGUCUUCUUUAAAAGGGCAAUGGAAGGGCAGCACAACUACUUAUGUGCUGGAAGAAACGACUGCAUUGUUGAUAAAAUCCGCAGAAAAAACUGCCCAGCUUGUCGCCUUAGAAAGUGCUGUCAGGCUGGCAUGGUCCUUGGAGGUCGAAAGUUUAAAAAGUUCAAUAAAGUUAGAGUUAUGAGAGCACUAGAUGCCGUUGCUCUCCCACAGUCGGGGGGCAUUCCAAAUGAAAGUCAGGCCCUAAGCCAGAGAAUCACUUUUUCACCAAAUCAAGACUUACAGCUGAUCCCCCCGUUGAUCAACUUGCUCAUGAGCAUUGAACCAGAUGUGGUCUAUGCAGGACAUGACAACACCAAACCCGACACUUCGAGUUCUUUGCUGACAAGUCUGAAUCAGCUGGGUGAAAGACAACUUCUUUCAGUAGUCAAGUGGUCUAAGUCACUGCCAGGUUUUCGAAACUUACAUAUUGAUGACCAAAUAACUCUCAUCCAGUAUUCCUGGAUGAGCUUAAUGGUAUUUGGACUAGGAUGGAGAUCCUAUAAACAUGUCAGUGGACAGAUGCUUUAUUUUGCACCUGAUCUAAUACUAAAUGAACAGCGGAUGAAGGAAUCAUCAUUCUAUUCAUUAUGCCUUACCAUGUGGCAGAUCCCACAGGAGUUUGUGAAGCUUCAAGUUAGCCAAGAAGAGUUUCUCUGUAUGAAAGUAUUGCUACUUCUUAAUACAAUUCCUUUGGAAGGACUAAGAAGUCAAAACCAGUUUGAAGAGAUGAGAUCAAGCUACAUUAGAGAGCUCAUCAAGGCAAUUGGUUUGAGACAAAAAGGAGUCGUCCCUAGCUCACAGCGUUUCUACCAGCUUACAAAACUUCUUGAUAACUUGCAUGAUCUUGUCAAACAACUUCAUCUGUACUGCUUGAAUACAUUUAUCCAGUCCCGGGCACUGAGUGUUGAAUUUCCAGAAAUGAUGUCUGAGGUUAUUGCUGCACAAUUACCCAAGAUCUUGGCAGGGAUGGUGAAACCUCUUCUCUUUCAUAAAAAGUGAAUGCCAUUUUUAUCUUUAAAAAAUUAAACUUUGUGGUAUAUCUGUUUUCGUUUUUGUCAGGGUUAUGAGGUCUUGAGUUUUUAUAAUGUUCUCAAAGCCCUACAUUUAUAACAUAUUGUACUGUGUAAAUUUCAGAGGAAAAAUGUGAGGGUGAAUUGGAUUUGCUUUAUAAAGCAUUAUUUGAAUUUUUAGUGUUUUUGCGUACCCAUAUUUUCUUUAAGAGUUUACACGAUUGAAAAAGUACUAAGUUGAUUGUUAAAGUUAAUCCUAUCCGUAUCAUUUCAUACCAUUUAGGUGAGAUUUUUAACUUUCACAGCUAACAGAUCCUCUACUUUAGAGGAAAAAAAUCUUACACAUAAAAAUAAAAAGCUAUUAUAUAUGUUCCUUCUAUGUAGCUCCCUUUGUCUCCCUGAUUAUAUUUACAAAACUGAAACUUUAAAAUGGUAUGCAAAACUUGUCUAUAUGAGUGUACAUACAUUUUUUUGUGAGAAGGAUAUUUAUAAUCUUAAUCAGUUUUUCCGAAGGGUUUUUAAUGCAAAAAUAUAUAUAUACAGAAAAAGAGUUAACAAUUCUUUAAUUAGAUGAUACUCCUCAAACUAGGAAAACCAGCUUAUAUGUUAAGACUGUUUCCCAGAUGGGAAACACAAAUCUCUAGGGAAGUUAUUAAGUAGAGCCAUAGCA